AUGUUUAUCAGAGGCGUUUUAACAGGAGCGACACUCCUAGCUGCCACUACAGCAUGGAACACCGACGUUCAUAAUCAGAUUGGCUUCAUGGCGGAGACUUUCUUCACGCCUCAAACAACGUUGAUACUCGCCAAGAUUCUCGAACCCAAGUAUAACGGCUCAGUCGGGCGCGCUGCAGCAUGGGCAGAUGGGUACGCGCAUACCAGCGAAGGCCAUUUUUCUUACCAGUGGCAUUGGAUAGACACACACGAUAAUCAACCCGAAUCGUGCCACCUCGACUAUGUCCGCGACUGUGCGAAGGGAGGGUGCGUUGUUAGCGCUAUUGCGAACCAAACGGGCAUAUUGCGGGAAUGCAUAACUCAGGUCCAGGACGGGAAGUUGGCUGGAGGCACCAAUCUGACGUGUUCUUAUGCGUUGAAAUGGGUGGCUCAUUUCCUUGGGGACAUUCACCAGCCGCUGCAUGCCAGUGGACGAGCUGUCGGUGGUAAUACGUACAAGGUGGUCUUUGGAAACCAUUCGACCCAACUGCAUGCUGUCUGGGACGGUUUCAUACCAUACUAUGCAGCCGAAGCUAGCCAUCCGUUCUCGAACCAGUCCCUAGAUCCUUUCUUCGCCGAUCUCGUUACCCGCAUUCGUAAAGAUCAGUUCUACUCGGCACCAUACAUGUGGCUAUCUUGCACGAAUCCUUCAACGCCGAUAGAUUGCGCGACAGCCUGGGCGAGAGAGAGUAACAAGUGGGACUGCGAUUACGUAUAUAGUCGCGUACAGAACGAUACCGAUCUUGGGACAAAUGGGUACGCAGCAGGAGCAGUUCCCAUCGUGGAGCUGCAAAUUAGCAAGGCUGCGCUCAGGCUGGGUACAUGGCUUAACAAGCUUGUGGAGGGAUCUAUAGAAGGAUCAAAGUAUGCUACGGAUGAACAGGAGAUCAUCGAGCUAUAG